CAAACUCGAUCAUUAGCGCCAUCUGACCGCGAACAAGCAGCACAAUCCGACUCAACCGUUUGCUUUGCCAUAAUUCACUGUUUGGUAAUAACUCAUUGUCAAGACUCGGGAUUUCUGUUCUUCGUAUUGCCAACAGGAAAGUUUUGUCCCCGCAGUUGUUCUCUCGGUUGCGAUGCUCCAGAAAAUACGACUUUUGCUUGAUAUCAUCCUCUACGACAUUCACUUCCAGCCUGGCGCUCUGGGAUGGUUGGCAGGUCACGCCCCUGCCAUCAAAAGGACCCUGAAUCACCGCUCGUGGGUGUCCCUUUGGGCGGUUCCUAAGACUGUAGACAGCAUACUGAGAGGCAUCAGCCAGGUAUGCCUCGCCGACAACCCCCUCUCCGGGCUGCUCAUCCUACUCGGCCUCCUCCUCGGUGACGUCACAGCAGGUCUUUCGGCGCUGGCUUGCUCUCUGACGGCCAUCGUCACGGCUCUGAUAUUCAAGCAACCGGACGCAACCAUAACGUCGGGAGUCACGAAUUUCAGUGCUGUGUUGGUUGGCACUGUAAUCACCUCCGUGUACCCCAACAUCUGCUACCAACCCGUGUCGGGGCCGGUUUAUGGCUACAUGAUCGCGGGAGCUGCUUUCAGUGUGUGUCUGUUCUCAGCCCUGGCCGCCAUCUUGGCCCCGACCAAACUGCCGCCCUUCACCCUUCCCUUCAACAUCGCCACCUGCGUCGUGUUCAUCUGCCUCCGAGGGCGCGGCCUGGUGGGGGCCCCGCCCGAUGAGGCUGCUGGUACUCCCGACGGCGACGGGGAAGUAGAGUGGGAUCAGGUCUUCGUAGGCUGGGUGAUGUCUGUCGGCCAAGUGUACGCGUUGGAGAGCCUGGUGUGUUCCUGCCUCACGUUGGCCGGUCUCCUCUUGUACUCUCCUGUGCUCGUGGUUUUCGCAAUGGCCGGCGCUCUCGUCUCCACGGUCACGGCUCUGGCGGUGUCAUCUGCCCCAUACGCUGAUGUCUACGCCGGAGGCUGGGGCUACAACGGGUUCCUGUCAGCCGGAAGUCUCGUCAUCUUCAUGGUUCCUUCCCCGAGGAUCUUCCUCCUCGCCAUCGUCAACGCCUCCUUCACUACCUUCCUUCACGCGGCUCUCGUCCCUUCAUUCGCGCUGAGCCAACUGCCGGUGUUUACCUUCCCGUUCUGCAUUAGUUCCCUGCUGUUCUUGGCCAUGGCUGGGGCGGGGGGCAUGGACAGUGUACGGGUGUAUGAGCCAACUUUCCCGGAACGACAUUUUGUGCUCCAUUUACGGAAAAUCCGGGAUGACGCCAGUGGUCAGAGUCGACGCUCUUCCUUGAUCGAAAACAUUGGAUGAGUGGGAUCUCGGUAUAAAACACUAGGCAUAGUUUUUUAUCAUUGUCUUUUCUCUCUUGUUUUUUCAUGUAGGUUUAAGUUCACCUCUGUUAUGUUUUUGGAUAAGGCUGAGAUAUAGAUCGUUUUUUUUUGCUCCUAAUAGGGAAACUUUAAUCAUUAUGGUUAUGAUAAUGUUAGUGAAAUCCUAAUAACAAUAUAAUGUUUUUAAAAUCUUUCCGAAAAACCAGAAAAGGGGUAAACAGGUGAGACCGGUAGGUAUAAUUAUUGCAUCCUUGGUGACUAAGCACUUUUGAAGCCACCUUUGUAUAAACACAACAAAUAAAUUCAAUUACGGUGUACAUGGCAUAUACUUCGUGCCAUCCGCGAUUUGGGAUAAUGAAGAUGGCACAGUGAUAACACCAGCACAAGAUGCAGGCCCAAAUAACCGUAUUCAGCAAUGUAUUCAUGUGGUACUUCUAAGUUAUUUUAUAAUUAAACGAAAUAUUUUAAUUACGACUUUUUGGUUAGUCGGAUACAUUACAUACUAGUCUACAUCGGUAUUAUGUGUGUGUAUCUUGCUGUCCGUUUUAUUUUAUGAUACACGCACACACACACAC